AUGACACCACCGUCUGACAAUGCUUUCGCGGGCGAGACAGCAAAGAUAAAUAGCGCUAAUGAAUAUCUGAGAAAAAAUCUUCCUUCCCAUUUAAGUUUACCAAAAAUAGCUAUAAUAUGCGGUUCUGGAUUAGGCGGGCUUGCGGUCAAUAUCACAGACAAGGUGGAACUUGCCUAUGAGGAAAUACCAGGGUUUGUGUCUAGUACAGGUAUGGAAUGGGCUAUUUGGGUAUUGGAGGAUGAAGCUUUUGAUGCUUCCCUCGUACUCACUAUAUUCUGUACAGUUCAAGGACACGCUGGAAAACUUGUAUUUGGUGUAUUGGGAAAGAAUCGUGUUCCUGUCGUUUGCAUGGUUGGAAGAUUUCAUUUUUAUGAGGGCUAUACAUUAAAGCAAGUUACAUUCCCGAUCCGGGUGUUUAAGCUGUUGGGCGUCGAAGUGCUCAUUGUAACCGGCGCAACGGGGGCACUCAACAAACAGUUUAAAGUAGGGGACAUUGCCGUUCUCUUCGAUCACAUUUCGCUACCAUGCCUAACAGGAAGCAACCCGCUUAUCGGUCCAAAUCUCUCCGAGUUUGGUAAACGCUUUAUACCAAUUUCCGAUGCUUACGAUUUCACUCUUCGUCAAAUGGCAUUUACUGCCGCUGCCAAUAUGGGACUUCCCACCGGAACGUUGAAAGAAGGUACAUACUGCCAUGUAAUUGGCCCUUCGUACGAGAGUAAGGCCGAAGCACGAUUUUUGAGAGAUAUGGGGGGAGACAUUGUUGGAAUGUCUACAGUACCUGAAGUCAUUGUAGCGAGACAUUGUGGAAUAAGGGUGUUGGGAUUGAGUUUGGUCACUAAUGCAGUUGUUAUGGAAAGAGGACGGAGUGCUGAUCCUAGUGUUAUUAAUAACAAUGCACGUGAUGAAGCGCCUGUCAGUCAUGAAGAAGUGUUGGUCGCGGGUAGCGCUAGAGAAGCUGACAUACAAAAAUUAGUGCAUGACAUUGUAGACUUGAUAAGUCAUGAUUUUUGA